AUGGGAUUUACAGAAAUCAAGUAUGAGGCCAAAUUAGUUGAGGGAAUUGUCAAUGAUGUUUUGAUCAAAUUUAGUGAUAUGUCUAAAGGUGAUGAUUCUUAUGAUCGCAACUUGAUUGGAAUUAAACUGCGUGUGGAAGAAGUGGAACGGUUGUUAAAUGAGAAGCAGAUUGUAGGAAUUUGGGGGACGGGAGGCAUUGGUAAAACAACUAUUGCACAAGAAGUAUUUCAUCGAAACAAGAAUAAAUUUGAUGGUCAUUGUUUCGUUGAAAAUGUUAGGGAAACAAUGACAAAGCAAUCAUCAAAUUCAGUGCGAGUCAAAAUCAUUCAACAAUUAUUAAGGGACAAACAUGUAGACAGUUUGAAUGAUUCUACUAGAAGGCUUAAGAGUAAGAAGGUAUUGAUUGUUUUUGAUGAUGUAGAGGAUCGAAACCAUUUAAAAGAUUUAGCAGGAGAGUGUGAUUUGUAUGGUGAGGGAAGUAGAAUCAUCAUAACUAGUAGAGAUUCACACGUACUUAAUUCUGAUUUUUCAGAGAAAGGCGUAUAUGAGGUUGAGAAGUUAAUUGAUUCUCAAAGUAUGGAACUCUUUAGCUUGCAUGCCUUCAACCAAAAUCUUCCUAAGGAAAAAUAUUUGGAGCUAUCAAAGAAGGUGACAAUCUAUGCUAGAGGCAAUCCACUAGCUCUUAAAGUUUUGGGAUCUCAUUUAUUUCGCAGGACGAUAAAAGAAUGGGAAAGUGAAUUGGAAAAAUUGGAAGGCAAAUCUCUUAAGAAAAUUCAAGAUGUUUUGAAAACAAGUUAUGAUGGGCUAGAAAAGAAUGAACAGGAAAUAUUUCUUGAUAUUGCAUGUUUCUUCAAAGGGCUUCAUAAAGAUGAGGUUGAGAGAAAGUUAAAAGCAUUUGGUUUCUAUCCAGAAAGUGGAAUACCUCGUCUAAUUGAGAAGUCUCUUAUAACUAUUUCAAACGGUGCGGUAGAUAUGCAUGACUUGUUAGAGCAAAUGGGCAAGGAUAUUGUUAAUGAGGAAUGCAAACAGCUUGGAAGGCACAGCAGGUUGUGGAAUUAUGAAGAUAUUAAUCAUGUAUUGAUAACAGAAACGGGAACCGAAAAUGUUGAGGCCAUAUCGUUUCGUCCGGGUGGGAAGACUAUACAGGAGAAUAAUUAA